GAUCUGAGAAAUGUAAAUUGCAUUAAGGCGCACGCAACGUACAACUCAACUGCGCCAAAUUGCCGUUGAGACCGGACUUGGGACCCUCUCUCCUAUCUCCGUCUCCAAACAACCCCCUUACCCUCUCUCUCUCUCCUCUUUCUCUCUCUAGAAUCAAAGAAUUCGGAAGAUCCAUGUCGUCGGCGGUGUCCAUGGAGGUCUCAAGCUCAUCAUGGGACGCCCUUCGUAAACAGGCAAGGAAAUUGGAAGCUCAGUUAGAUGAGCAGAUGAAUUCCUAUCGAAAAUUGGUUUCUUCAAAGGAUUCUACUAAAAUUGAGGCUAAAGAUAAUGAUCUUGAAUCUGGGAUUGACCGGCUACUAAAGCAGCUUCAGCAAGUGAACUCCCAGAUGCAAGCUUGGGUUUCUUCGGCUGGCUCAGAAAUGGUUUCUCAUACCUUGACUAGGCAUCAAGAAAUUCUUCAAGAUCUCACUCAGGAGUUUUAUCGUCUCCGCUCUAGCCUCAGGGCUAAGAAAGAACAUGCCUCGCUUCUUGAUGGUUUUAGAGAGUUUGAUAGAACAAGAUUAGACUUGGAAGAGGGUGGUGUUUCUGCUGAGCAAGGUCUUCUAAAAGAGCAUGCAUCUAUUAGUCGAAGUACAGGGCAGAUGGAUACUGUAAUUUCACAAGCUCAAGCAACACUUGGUUCUCUUGUCAUGCAACGAUCAACUUUUGGUGGUAUCAAUUCGAAGCUCAGCAAUAUUGGCAGCCGUUUGCCAACGGUAAAUCAUAUUCUUUCUUCGAUAAAGAGAAAAAAGUCCAUGGACACCAUCAUACUCUCGCUUGUUGCAUCCGUGUGCACUUUUCUCAUAUUUAUUUACUGGCUGAGCAAGUGAAGAUGAGGCUGUUUUACAAAACAGUUGGGUCUGGUCCAGUCUGUGUUCACGGUGGCAUCCUUGGUCAUUUGAUGAUGGUGGGUCUCUAAUAUAGGUGGGGGAACAUAUAUUUUGAUAGUGAAUGGUGGUGAGAUUUUCUUCUUGUGGAUAGGGGUCUAAUGUACUUUAAUAUUCAUCUUUGUUUACACUUUACAUACAGUCUUACUUACAGAUUCCGUUGCCUUGUGAUGCCAACAAACAAUGCUAUGGGUAAGUCAGAUAUGGAAAAUAUGAUAUUCAUUCAUUGAUAGUAAACAUAUCAUAUAUAUGAUCAACAAAGUUUUGUAUCAACCAUUAAGAUUUUAGUAGAUAUCUCAUGUUUACUAUCUUUUCUUUUUUCUCUUGUUAAAAAUGGAGCUCAAAAAAAGGGGUUGACUGGUCUCACUUGGUUUAGUUUUGGGUCUUCUAUGUUCGUUUGUAUCUGUGGUAUGUGAUAAAUAUGAAUGAGUUUCUUCAAUUUCAGACUACAAUUGUAUGUACACUCAUCUCGUGUGUGUAUAUUUUUGGACUUUUUCUUUUAAA